AUGCUUUUCCACAUAUGGUUUGACGAGUUUCACCACUCCAGCAACCCUGCUCAGAAUUGUAUAGGGUCGGACCAGGUACGGAUCCAUACACCAGAGAGCAACCAGACUUUUGGACCGUACUGUAGCACAGAAAACAUCAACCCUGCCGUCAUCGAGGUAGAGCGCCACGUCGCCAUUGUGAAACUGGAGACGGACUCCGUCCUUAACAACGGUAGUUUCAGGUUAAAGUACAGCGUGAGUGCCCCACCCACCACUUCAAAUAGCCCAGACUACACCGCAGAAUUGCCAGACGACAAAGGUGACCCUCCGCCCAUUCAACAGGUCUCAGAGGAUGACCGCUGGCCCACAUGGAUGAUCAUCCUUAUCGCCGUGGCCGGAACCUGCCUUGUUGCCAUGGUGUUAAUCAUACUGGCUGUCAUCAGAAAGUAA